UCUACCACACCAAGGGCCUCCUAUACUACCUCAACAGUAUAGGACGAACUCCGCUGGUUUUCUGUGACUACCACGGCCACUCUAGAAAGAAGAAUGUGUUCCUGUAUGGCUGCAGUGUUAAGGAGACUCUUUGGCAGUCUGGCUCUGCUGUUGACACAGUCGGAUUGAAAGAGGACCCUGGGUAUAGGACCAUUCCAAAGACCUUGGAUCGUAUUGCACCCGCCUUUUCUUUCAACAGCUGCAACUAUUUGGUGGAGAAGUCUCGUUCUGCCACAGCAAGGGUGGUUGUCUGGAGGGAAAUGGGCGUGCUGAGAAGUUAUACAAUGGAGAGUACCUACAAUGGUUGUGACCAGGGAAUAUACAAGGGCCUGCAGACAGGAACCAAGGAGCUACAGGAGAUGGGCAUGAAGUUCUGCCAAAGCUUGCUGUCUGUAACCAAAGACAUGAAGGCUCUUUACAUCUGGAGACUUAUCAACCACAUCGACCUGGACCACAAUAUCCUGGACCACAAGUCUCACAACUGUUUUGAAGAUGAUGAGCCUCCAUGUGUCGAGGAGAUUGAGUAUUCCACAGACUGUCCAGCACUUACAGGCACUGAUCUGGAUUCAGAUGUCAACAGCAACAUGGCCAGUGCUGACAAAGAGGAGGAGGGCGACGAAGGACACAGGGGAGCAAAAUAUCAGCAAGGCAGCGUCGGCCAAUCGCAGCAGUCAGGCGUUAAGAGCCACCUAUUCCCCCACCUGAUCAGACAGGCGUCCAUUGAGACACACUGCAAUGGUGUGAGCAUUGCCACUGAACAAUUCACGAGUUAAAGGAAUAUUUGUAAAUUUGGGGAUUUUGAUUUGUUACUAGAGAUAGAGAUGAGACCCUUGGUUUUCUAAGCAUUGUAAGCUUCCCUCCGUGAAACAUAGCAGAUUGAACACCUGGGUAAAUGAUACAUGUGUUGGGAUAACGAUUUCUCUUUCAGCCUCACCGCAAGCUUGUGAGUGAAGAUCUGACUACAGCUACAUUACAGUCAGAAAUCUAUUAAAAUGUACGACAUGUUUAUAUGCUGAUUAUAAAUGAUAUAUAGGGGGACUUAAAGUGAAGUGUGACUUUAAAUACAGGUUUUACAGAAAUAAAUGUAGAUGCACUGAUGAAAACACUGCACUAAAAGUCUGCAUAGGUCAACUCAUGGUCCACUCACUAGCUUUUUGCAGAGCUUUCAUCUGCAUCUUAUGGUCUUCAUCAGUUCGUGGAUUGUGCUCAGAUGUUAUGGAGAUGGAUCAGGUACCUAAGUUUAAAAAAAGUGGGCGAUUUAAUUGUUAUCUGUGAUCAGGCCCACCGCAGCUGUGUCGUCAGCAUACUUGAUAAUGGUCGGAAUCGCAAGUGGCUACAUGUAUGUGUACAGGGAUUGCAGCAGGGGUCUCCAAACGCAGCCCUGGGGUGAGGAGUUUAAUACCAGGUCCUUGAGCUUUGUGAUGAGCCUUGAGGGAACUAUGGUUUUAAAUGCUGAACCGAGUCUGGUGUUCAUAUAGCUACGUUUCCAUCCAAAUGUGUCUCAGAUUUUAACCGAAUUUCAAAAAUGUAGUCGUGGAUUUAAGUCACAUGCAACUUGUACAUUAUAAUUUGAUAAACCAACCUUUCCACCUCAGCUCACAUGAAGAGUGUAACUUAGCUCUUAGUGAGGAAAGCUAACAGUGCAAUCAAGAAUUUGGACAAGUUGGACAAGAGACCAGUUUCAAAAAGUCCAGGAUGGAAAGCAGCUUCAUUAUGAGCCAUUAGCAACUGGUCACCCCAGCAGUAUUUUAUGGCUGGUCAGCAUAGUCUUAAGGUAUGGAUUGGUCGCAUGCAAACAUGAAUAGAAUGAACCCACUGCUAACUUCAUUGUCGUGAUUGGGUGGGAACCAAGAAGCUGUAACCAGUUGGCAGUGUGUUCUAAAUGUUUAGUAGUAUUAAAGGUCAUUAUGAACUAUAGAAAAACAACACCAUUAGUUGUUUGUUCAAAAAGGUUUAAAUGGCUUAUGUCUACAUUCAGUGCAUAAGCAGUAGCAUGGUGUUUCAAUAGAGGGUAUGCGUUGAUGUCACUUCCCCUUCCGGAAUGCGCUGGACUGAGUGACAAAACAUCUGUUACCUUGGCCGGGAGUAAAACAAGUGAUUAUUUGGUCAAAUUAAAGGCAGUCGGACUCGACAGCGAUCCUUACUCCUUAGCAAAGAACCAGUGGUCAAGCUCUUUCCCAUUUUAGGUGUGUUGAUUGUGUUUUAGCUUAGCUAACACUGCUGCUCGUCUUUCUGCCUAUAAGUGAGCGUAACUGUUUUCUGUGACGUCAUGCGCAUACCCUCUAUAGAGCAGCAACCAGUGAGGGAGUGAAAAGCUUCAAACCCAGGUGUGUUUCCAGUUUACAAUACAACCAUAGACGGUAUCCAGUAUUCGCCUAAGGAAAAUAAUACACUUAACCAGAGGCAGCAAAUCAGCAUAUUGCUUAGGAAUAAAGACUUGGAGUGGAAGUGUUGAGUUUGUUUCAAUUAGUGCAUGGGGUAGAGACUGACUUUGUUGGGUGUAAUCCUAUAUACACCACUUAAACAUGCACAUUAAUAUACUCUGCAUAGACAGAUAUUCCAUUAUGAAUUUGCACAUAGAAACUGAAUACAGCCUUUCAAAUUGUAUUACAUUGUAUCUGAAAGAUGUCUAUGAAGAUUCUCAGUCAUCCAGGUCAUAGUUAUCCAACGAAGGUUAA